UCGAACUCUCAUCAGAAAUUUGAAUUUAUUAUUUAGUUUGAUAUAAAUGUAUACAGAGUUGGUCUGAUUUCCAGAAUUGUUUUGUCUGAGCUUCUCUUUUCGGCCAAAUUGAUCUUUACUGAAAGGUCUAAAUUUGUAUCCGAUACGUGCCUAAAAACGCAAAUGUGAAUUGCAACGAAAGUUUGACACAUUGCUUUUCAAAUUUUAAUUGACAUGUCAAGGUUCUUAUACUAUUGCACGAAGUGAUUUCUUCUUUCAAGGAAGAGUAUUUUAAAGGCGUCGCUUUAUUUAGUCUAGAGAAAUGAUUAUUUCUGCAGGAUUAUUUGUGCUUUGCACUUUUCUUCAUUCAAGUUAUCCAAGUGCCGUUGAGGAUACUAUUGAAAGGUAUUCACGGAAAGGUAAUAAAUUAUUCAAAACGCAUGGUUCUAAGAAGAAUUACACAUUAUGUGAAAAGAAUAUAAUGAAGAAUAUUACUGUUAGCGAUGAUGAAUUAAGAACGCUGAGUACAGAACUUUUUCAAAAAGACAUUCAUAAUGUAUAUAAAAGAAUAGCAAUAAAUUAUCAAGCAUGGACAUCGGCAAAGAAUGUAGUUGACAUGGCAACUGAACCAUUACUAACUAUACCGUCAGAGAUUUUCACAAUUCCAAUAAUACAGGUUCUCUUAGAACUAUACGAUAAUUAUUUUCUAGAUGUUCGGGAUGAAGAAUAUGUUACAAUGGAAAAGAUAAUUGAACAAGAUAAAUUAAUUGAAAUGGUAUUAGCCACUGAUAUCAUGUUACGAACGAUGACAUUUUUAUGUGAUAAAGGUUUCUUUGAGUGCAACCUUGAAAAGUAUAAAGAAGUGUUAAAUUAUAUUUGGUUUCAUGUUUACUCCCGUGGUCAAAAUAUAUAUGGUAGUUCUGGUUUUGAACACGUAUUCUUGGCUGAAAGAAAAAAAGGGAACCGUAUACUAGGACUCCAUAAUUGGAUUUUCUAUGGUACCGAAGAAAUGGAAAAACGAGCCAAUUAUUAUGGAUUAGUGGACAAAAUCAUGCUGAAUAAUACAGCCGUUGUAGUUCAAAUUCGGUUCCUAUACGAUGAAACACCCAAAACUUCUACGAUGUUCAUAGGAACAUCAUUAGAGUUUGAAAUGGCCCUUUACACGCUCUGUUUUUUCGCAAGACCCAAUCGUUGCUGUAAAGUAUCCUGCGAUGGAACUAGAUUUGGAAUUCAAACAUAUAUUUGGGAGGAGGGGGACGAAUGUUUGCUCGCAGCUGCAUUUCCCAUGCGUUAAUAAAUCGCAAGCUCGACAACCACGAAUAAAUAAUAUUUCAUCGCAUACUCUCCAGUUCUUUUAAUUGCGAUAUUAAAAUGCGUAAUUUACUUCCAGCAGCACGUAAUCUAUAACAGGUUGUCGAGCCAAACAGUCCUGAUUCAUGGUGUUAUCGUCGAAAGCAGAUUAUUCGAAUGCAUUGACGAGUCAGUCCUUACACCGACACCAACGUUCGAGAAUAUUCGGUGCUGCGUAUAAAACAAUGUGAUCCCAUAUUAUCGCGCCGUGUACGCGUCAUGUGGCACGUACAAAACUUCACGUUAUCAACGUACGCAGUAAACACACAAUCACAACAGCUGUCCAAGUAACGACAUCCACGAUUACAAAAUUCCCUGUCGAGCUUCUCUAGCAUUUAGAGCCAGAAACAACACGUGCACAAUUAUAGAUCAGCGUACUUACCUUAAUAACAUAAUUUAUCCAUAUCGUGAGCUUGCAAUUCUGGACCAUUUAAACCGUCGCCAUUUUGGGCGGUGGAGCGUCACGUGACUAGCCGC